AUGAAACGAAGACAGUCUUUACUCUGCGGGGCCGCUAAUGAGGGACAGAGGCGGCGGCGGACGCAAUCAACAUUAAAGAUUGGCGGGAGAUGCUCUCCCGCCUUGUCCCGCGCCCCUCAUUACUUAUACAAAAUACUUAAGACGCGUCGUCCCGCUCUCCGCGCGCUAAUAGCUCGCGCCCACUCUAUCGCCGUCCCGCUUCGCCCGCUGAGCGUAAUUAAGCUCGCCUCGCCUCGCCUCGUGGCCACGCCCCCCGCGGGGGGCGCGCGGGGAGCGGGAGGGGGGCGAGAGCGUGCGGGGGGACGAGGCGACCGGCCGCGCAGUGUGCCGGCGACCGUCGACAGAGCAGUGGCGCGCGCGUUCGCCGAACUACCGCAACGAUACAAAACAACACCGAGUUCC